GCAGUGGCGGCGGCACCAACAACAGCGACAGAAUCAACGACGAUAGUGUGGUGGCUAGAUCGCAAUUCGCAACCACUCGCAACGUGGACUUGUGGGUGCCGGGGUUACUCCGGAGAAAAAACGACCGUGUCAUGCACACGAUCUCGUCGUCGCGUCCGCUAUAAUGCGCUGUGGAUUAAAAAUAAUUACUUGCCACGAAAAUCCAGUGGUGCUGGCAUGAUAAAAUAAGGGAAACGAAGGAAAUGAGCCACAAUAUUGCGGGCAUGCCACCCUUCACAAGGAUGCCAUUGGGGGGUAUGGGAAUGGGUGUAAAUAUGGGCCCUAAUGCCCCACAUCCUGACUCUUCUGCUCAUCCCCAUCCACCACCGCCACCACCAGCUGGUGCUAAUCCUAAAAAGAAAAGGCGUACAAAUGCAAGUGUUGCUCAACCACCUCCGCAACAACCUCCAUCUGUACAGGACCUACUACCCCCACCCUUAACUGGUUACGGUGAUACAAUAGUUGCAAGUAAUCCUUUUGACGACACUCCACCACAAACGCCGCAAAGUCCAAUGAUGCAUGGUGCGCCUUCACAUAUGCAUCCUCAUCAUCCACAUCACAUGGGUGGUCCUCCUAUGCGAGGUAUGAGCCCUUUAACUACGAUAGGUGGCAUGAGUCCUAUGAUGCCACAUAAUAUGGGCAAUAUGAGUCCUAUGGGUAAUUCACCCAUGACAAAUCACAUGAAUCAUAUGGGAGCUAUGUCUCCUAUGAAUCAUGCUCCUAUUGGAGGUAUGAGCCCUAUGAAUAACAUGGGUCCAAAUAUGCCUCCUGGUCCAAUGAACACCAUGAAUAAUCAUAUGAAUAUUAGUCAUAUGGGAAAUUCGCAAUUAAGUGGUCCACCUAUGGGUAGUCCAAUGAAUAAUAUGAACAGUGGACCUAUGGGUAGCCCAAUGAACAACAUGGGUCACAACAUGGGUAGUCCUAUGGGUGGACCUUUAGGAUCUCCAAUGAACAUGGGAGGAUCUAAUCACAUGCCUAAUGGACCAAUGAACAUGAACAACAUAAAUAGCCAUAUACCGCCCAACAGUCCAUUAAAUGGGCCAUCACUAAACAAUGUAAACAGUCCACUAGGACAUAAUGGAUCUCAACCUCAUCCGAAUCACAUGGGAAAUAAUCUUAACAAUUUAGGAAGACCUAUGAAUGGACCAAUGACCACUAUGAGUUCGAUGGUAUCGAACAACAUGAAUAUGACUGGACCGAAUCAAAUAAAUAACAUGAAUAUGGGUGGUCCAGGAAUAAGUAGUAUGUCCAAUAUGAAUAUUAGCCAUCACAAUCAAAUGGGAAGUCAUAUGGCAGGUCCAAUGGGUACAUUAUCCAAUAAUAUGGGCGGUGGACCACCUAUGGGACAUCCUAUUAAUUCUAUGGGGGGAUCUAUGCCACCACACGGGUUUCAAGGUCCGCCGGGAAUGGGUCCAAAGCCAAUGCCAAUUUCUGCAGGCAAAAUAUAUCCUCCAGAUCAGUCAAUGGUAUUUAAUCCACAAAAUCCUAAUGCGCCACCGAUUUAUCCCUGUGGAAUUUGUCAUAAAGAAGUACACGAUAAUGAUCAGGCAAUUCUGUGCGAAUCAGGUUGUAAUUUUUGGUUUCAUAGGGGCUGCACAGGAUUGACAGAAUACGCUUAUCAAUCAUUAACGCAAGAGGUUUAUGCAGAAUGGGUGUGUGAUAAGUGUUUGCAAUCGAAAAGCAUACCCCUGGUUAAGUAUAAACCAUAACACUUCGUGUCCCGUCGUUCGUGCGACGCUCCAGUGACUAUUUGUUAGCGUUUAUAUGUGGUACACGCAUAUAUGUGUGUGCAAUUGUGCACACAACACAUACACAGACACCU